UGCAACUCCUCGAGGCUCCAAAGGCCCCAAAUCUUUCUUCCUGCUCAAACCAAUUUUUAUCCAUCCCAUCCAAGAAAGUGAUUGGAUAGCGCGCGCGGUGCAGGCGAGGAGGAGACCUCGAAGCCGAAGACAUCUUGCUUCCGGCCGGCGAUGAGGAACCCGCCGGGCAGGCACCUCCUCCGCCUCAGCAACCGCGCCGUGCGCUCUUCCUCCUCCUCGUCGGGGCUCGGCGCCAACGCCGGCGCCUCAACCUCCGUUGCAUCCCCGCGCCCGCUCCCCGUCGCCGGCGGCCGCCCCCUCCGCGCCAGCUCGCCUCCCCCGCCCUCCGCGGUCGCCGCCGCCGCGUAUUGGGAGUCCCGCGCGCUCCGCCGCGACGGGGAGGACGGGGAUUGGGAAGAGGUCGUCGCCGGGGCUCCCGGUCCCGGAGAGAUGGAGGAAGAGGAGGAGUACAGGGUGGUGUUCUGGUCCCCACCCACCAUAGACGAGGUCACCGGCGCCGUCACAAGCAUCCAGGAGGUAUUUGAGAAUCCUUCUGGUGUGUAUUCAGAUACAACCGACAGACAAACAGCACUGCUGUCCACCUCAGGACAUUCAUCUGGCAAUUCAUCAGGAUCAGAUGACUGGAUUGAACCUGCUGCCUAUGUUCUCAACUCAACUGCUCUUCUUUCAAGGGAACAUAGGAAUGUUUUGGAUGCUUUCCGGCUGUUGCAAAAGGAUCCCACCGUUCAGAAAAUGGUUAUGUCUUUGUCAUGUGAUAAGGCUGUUUGGAAUGCCGUCAUGAAUAAUGAGGCAGUUCAAGAUUUCAGGAGAUCUUUACAUCAUGGAAAAGAAAAUGAUAGAAAGGGAAACACUGGUGGCCCUGCUGAAGUACUUAAGUGGAUCCUGGACAGUGCCCAGGCAAAAAUUGUUGAAUUCCUUGAGAACGUGAUGAAGAUAUUCAACAUGCUGAUCCACCCUCAAGAGGAUGAAGAGAAGCCAGAUGCAUACAUUGAUGCAGUGAAGGUGUCGUUCAUGCUCACGGUGUUUGUCUUCAUCGUGGUGGCCAUUGCUCGUAUCAAUUCUGAACAUUGGGAUUUCAAAGUGUGGUGAUGCGAGAUUCUGGCAUUCUGCAAGUCGACUGUACAUGUUUUGUAGAACGCACCAAGCUUCAAAACUUAGGUCCACACGAAAUUAUGCAUCACAGUAUUGUUUAACUGUAUCAUUUGACCUUGGCAGAUCAUGCAAGGGAAUGUUGUUGUUCUGGGUCUUUAGUUAUCUGUGUGUGCUCAACCCCCUUGGAGCCACAGAAGUUUAGAUCGUUGAAGUAAAAAAACGCAUAAAUUUCCAUCGAUGAAAUUAUUUGUAUAAAUAAAGUUGCAACCUGAAUUUGAUUU